AUGCAUUGUACGUUGGGCAAAUAUUAUAUUGAUACAAAUAGAACAAAAUGAAAGCAACAGCAUAUAUGUAUUAAAAUAAGUUACAGAAGUGUUUUGUGCAUGCAACUAUGAAAGUAUCGCUAUUUGAAGUUUUAAUAAAUUCGAAAUUAUCAUCCAUUGGGCAUGGAGUUAUUGAUAUUUCCUGAAUGCAUCAUCGUUUUAGGUUUUUAGAGCCUGACGUCAAUUUAUUACUCGAUGAAGAUUCUGCAUCUACGAGAUGGAGUGAAAAGUAUAAACGUUUAAGCGAGACAAUAGGAAAAGUGAUAGAUGAUUAUAGUUUAGUAAAAUUCCAGCCCCUCAACAUUAAAGAUGAAGAGAGUAUUUAUGAUUUGUUAUUUUCCAUUGACAAUGCAAUUCAGUAUGGGGAAGGUCUAGACGUGAAAGUAAAGGAUUUUGCAGAAUACGGUGACGAUGACGACGAUGACAGCUGAUCACAGACACCUGAUGGCGUAACAAGACGUGUUGAAUUGUAUUUAUCUGCUAUAACAAUAUUUGUUUUACAGGUGGCGUUGUAUUCGCACCGUUUCCUAAGGAAGAGGGAAGUCGGAGUUGUGCUGAUAAAUCGCUUAUACAGAACUUAUCAAACUGAUAAUUACAACGAUGUUUUAUUCAAGUUAAUCAUUUGAAAUAAUUUAUGAAGAUUGGAUUACAAAGAUAUUUAAGCCUUGCCAAUGAUUAGUUGAUAUUGAGAAGUUUGAGAUUACGUUUUCUGGUUCAUACAUAUCCAUAUGAAGUGAAUAAUGCUCAAUAAUAGCUAUGCCUUGGCCAUUCAAAAAGAGAGAAACUUCACUUCAAGAGCAUCCUUUGAUGGAAAUUGUGUCAUAUCCUGAUGAACACGACGAAGAUGACAGACAUCUUGUAGAAACAACUGUCAAUGAAUAUGAUGAUAAUACUGCUGAUACCACUGUUCUGGUGAAAAAUUCCAGGAAUACAAAUCAUUCUGAAAAUUAUCCAAAGAAAAGAUGGAUUCGUUGCUUGAAAAAUUGGCCAUUGUAUCAAGGUUUAGCAUUGUCUUCAGCAUCUAGUAUAUUUUUUUCUUUGUCAUCUGUGAUAGUUAAAUAUUUAAAAGACAUACACCCAGGAGAAUUAGCAUGUUUACGUUUUGUUGGUAUUUUGAUUUUUUCUUUACCCAUAGUUAUAGCCAGCAAAAAAGAACCAUUUGGGCCAAAAAAUCUUCGUAAUCUAUUAAUAGUACGAGGCUUUGUCGGUUCCACCAGUUUAUUCUUGAGAUUUUAUGCUCUGCAUUAUUUACCCAUAGCUGAUGCUUCAGUAAUUAUAUUUAGUGUUCCUGUAUUUGUUUCUGUUCUGGCAAGAAUCUUUUUAAAAGAACUGUGUGGCAUUUUUCAUGUUAUAACUGUUAUUUUGACAUUAAUUGGAAUUAUUCUCAUUACCAAAUUACCUCUAUUGAUCGUCAAUGAAAUUAGUAAUUAUAAUGUUGAUCAUUUAUGGGGUGUUAUGGCUGCUCUUCUAUCCACAUUUUUUGGAGCAAGUGUAUAUAUUGUCAUCAGAAAAGUGAAAGGAGUACAUUUUGCUGUGAUCAUGUUUAAUUUUGGGUGGGUUGCAAUUAUUGAAACAACGAUACUGACAGCAGUCAUUGGUAAAUUUACUCUCCCAAAAUGUGGAUGGGAGCAGUGGCUUAUUGUUGCCCUUGGCAUAUUCAGUUUUUUGGGACAGACUUGUCUCACACUGGCUUUAAAAUCGGAGCAAGCCGGACCCGUUUCCGUCGUCAGAGCAGCUGCGGAUAUCGUUUUAGCUUUUAUAUGGCAAAUAGUAUUUUUUGACGAGGUGCCAGAUAAAUAUAGCAUUAGUGGUGCCUUGCUUGUUUCAUCUUGCGUGUUGUUAAUCAGUUUGAGAAAGUGGAUUCUUUCUCUUCCGGAACAUUCAUCAUUUCGAAAAAAGGCACACUUCUUAACAAUUUAAUUUAAUUACCUGGGCAUUAUAUAAAUAGCUAGCUAUAUAAGUCAUUACAAGUUUUUCAGUAGUAUUACAUUUACUAAAGGAACUUGUAUUCACUAUCUAGUAUUUAUUUUUCAUUUUAUUUAUGCAUUAUAAACUAUUUUAAAAAGUUAUUAUUUUAAAGUGUAUGUUUGAUUAAAAAUUGAAAAAAUAUCUGUGAUAUGAAAGCAUGGCAAAGUUCUCAGGAGGACAUAUUUUUAAAAAUUACACAAAGGAAAGUAUUUGAUUUUAAUAAACGAAAAAACACACACUCAACUCAAACCAUAUAAUUAUUAAAACAGUUUUGGCAUUAUAGUACUUUAAUAUUACGAAAAAUACAGCUUUGCUGGUAAUUUUUACAUUGUGUUAACCACUCAGCAGUGAGGGAUUAAUAUAUACAUCAAAUUCUUUUGGGGGUAUCGCCAAAAACUAGCCUAAAACUACUGUGAAAAAAAAAUUUCACAUAAAAAAUAAAUUAUGUAUCAAUAGAAAAAAGAUUUUUGUUUAAUAGACAUAACUGUUUACAAAAUCUUUUUUCGAAAUAGUAAUGAGAAAAAAUGCGUGGAAAAAUACUCUAAAAAUUUUGCACGUUUAUUCUCCACUACUAAAGGUUAACGUCUUCAGGCAAUGAAGAACAUCCUGUCUGAAGAAGACAUUAAUAUAAUGUCAAAAGUAGUAUAGCUGUUUUUUGUUAACAUUAAACUAUUAUAAUGUUGAAAGACUGUUUUUAAU